CACACUCACUCUCGCUUCUCUCGCUCUCUCUGCGAAAAAGAAGAAGAAGAAGAAGAAAAGGACAGCAGGCAUGGCCAUUUCGUGCCCAGAAGCCACCGACCUCACCACUGCACCCUACUCAAGAGAGCAAAAACUUUCCAUCACAGACACCGAAAACGCCAACACCAAUAGGACCUUGUCAUUCUCUUCAGUCAAACUACCCCACCUCACCGACUUCCUCCACGAUCUCCAAAUCCACCCCAACCCAUUAGACCACAACCCAUUCUACCGUCCCUCCGACGGCUUCUACAUCUCCCACACCGACGUUAUCCUCCGACACAUCCUCUUCGAUCUCUCCUCUCCCCCCCACUCCACCACCUACCAUCGAGCAGGCCCGCGCAACCGAGUCUUCUUCGAUCCUUGUCAAACCCGGGCUGCCAUCGUCACGUGCGGGGGGCUCUGCCCCGGUCUCAACACCGUCAUCAGGGAGCUGGUCGUGGCCCUCUGGGACCUCUACGGGGUGCGUCAGAUAUUCGGGGUGAAGGCUGGCUACAGGGGAUUCUACUCCUCGGAGCCUGUGGAGCUGAAUCCCAAGCUGGCCCACAGCUGGCACAAGAUGGGCGGCACUGUGCUUGAGACCUCUAGGGGCGGUUUUGAUCUUCACAAGAUCGUCGAUGCUAUCCGAGAUCGCGGCUUUAACCAGGUGUACAUCAUAGGUGGAGAUGGCGCAAUGCGUGGGGCUGUGAAGAUAUUUGAUGAAAUCCGUUGCCGGAAACUGAAUAUUGCAGUUGUUGGGAUCCCCAAAACCGUAGACAAUGAUAUUGGAAUCAUUGACAGAUCAUUUGGAUUCCAGACAGCAGUAGAAAUGGCACAGCAAGCAAUAAGUGCAGCUCAUGUGGAGGCUCAGAGUGCAGUUAACGGAAUAGGGCUAGUGAAGCUGAUGGGUCGAAGCACAGGUCACAUUGCCCUUUAUGCAACAUUGAGCAGCCGCGAUGUGGACUGCUGCUUGAUUCCUGAGACUGAGUUUUACUUGGAAGGAAAAGGAGGGCUGUUUGAAUUUCUUGAGCAGCGGCUGAAGGAUAAUGGGCAUGCGGUACUAGUAGUUGCUGAAGGGGCUGGACAGGAUAUGAUACCAAGGACUGAUGCACAGAAGGAGGAGAGGGAUGAAUCUGGGAACCCUGUCUUCUUAGACAUUGGUGGGUGGUUGAAGUCAGAGCUAAAGAAUUGGUGGACAAGAGACCAUCCAAAUGAGUUGUUCACUGUAAAGUACAUAGAUCCAACAUACAUGAUACGAGCAGUUCCUGCAAAUUCUACAGAUAACCUGUACUGUACACUUCUAGCACACUCGGCAAUUCAUGGGAUUAUGGCAGGGUACACUGGAUUUGUAGCUGGUCCUAUAAAUGGAAACUAUGCCUAUAUACCAUUGGAGGAGGUGGCACAGGCUAAGAAUGAAGUUGACAUAAAAGACCACAAAUGGGCAUGGGUCAGAUCUGUCACCAACCAGCCCGAUUUUGUGAGGAACUAAACAUUGAACCACGCGGUUCUUCGUUAAGGAGUGUCUCAUCCAGGCUUUGUGGUCUCUUAAAGUGAUUCUCACCGAUCGAGUGUUUAUGGCCUAUUGAACUGGACAUCAGGUUUCAGAUUAUUGCUUGCUGGUAAUGUUUUUACUAUUUGGUAGCAAUACAAGCAAUAGAAAAGUUAGUUUUUUUGGUGCUGUUGUGGCUGUGUUUGAUUUGUGAAGUAUCGGAUGAAGAAAAAUAUAUAGCUGAUGGAUAUUUUCUUGGAGAAACUACACUUACCCCCA